GAUGACUCAGGCCGCUCUUUGGCUCCUUCCCCCCACUUCACGGCUGGGUCCCUGCCCCCUCUGCUUUGCCCUGCCCUUCUCUGCUGCAGCUGCACUCAGCCUGGGCAUGCUAUGGCUUGUCUUAGAUUCUUGGUGAGAGGAAAGGAAGUUGAUAAAGGAUUGGGUCUGCCAGGACAGAAGACAGUGAUGCUUGCUGGCCAGUGGCAGCAGAUCAUGGGGACAAACAUCCCUCCAGAGGAUCUCGAUGGGUCUGGUGAUGACGACGAUGCCUUCUCCGGCUCUGGGGCGGGGGCCUUGUUGGAGACGCCGCUGUUGGACAAGAGCCUCCUAUCCAGGAAGACGCCUGUGCUCCCCACCGCCUUGACCGCUGCGCCUCCUGAGCCCACGCACACCAGCCCAGGGAAAGCAUCCCCAGGCGGACGAGAAGCCUCAGGAGAGGGGUCUGCGCUCCCGCCUGGAAGGGGGCCUGAGGCAGAGCCUGCCCCCAACCACGAGCCCACCCACUCACCUCCUGCAGUGACGCUUCCUUCCACCACCCACCGUCCUUCCACAGUAGGAGCCACCAUGGCCUCAGAUCCCAGUGUGGUGCACCCAAGGGUGUCUACACCCGAGCCCCCAAGCUCUGGAGAGGAAGGCCCCUUGGCCAGCGGCACUCCGGGGAGCGACCAGCCGGACGGAGGCUCAACUCAGCAUCUGGGAGAGGAGAGCUCAGGAAGUGGGAGCGAUGACUUCACCUUCGCCCCCUCUGGAGAGAAACCUGCCUCCCCCCUGGACAGGAACAAACCUGACCAGGAGGUGGUGGACAGCGGAGCCACGGGAGCCUCCCAGGGUAUCCUGGACCGGAAGGAAGUUUUAGGAGGGGUCAUCGCUGGCGGCCUCGUGGGCCUGCUCUUUGCCGUCUUCCUGGUCGGAUUCAUGCUCUACCGGAUGAAGAAGAAGGAUGAAGGCAGCUACUCCUUGGAAGAGCCAAAGCAGGCCAACGGUGGCUACCAGAAGCCUCAACGGCAGGAAGAGUUCUAUGCGUGACGGCCCGGCCACGGUUCCUGGACAGUGGCGGGUGUUUCUCCCCUUCCCCGGCUGCCUUGCCCCCUUGCACACAGACCCUAAACCGUCUCUUCCACUCAGGACUCGGAACUUGGAAUUUCUCCCCACACCUGGCUCUCUCUCCGCCUUUGGCUCUGGCCUGGUCCACUCUGGCCCCGAGCUCUUCAGAGGCUGGAGCACAGCCUCAACUGCUUCUGGCUGGUUCUCUGACUGCCAACUUGGGCUGGGGUGGCUGGGGGGCAGGAGGGAAGACUUACAUGUGACCUUUCAAAAAGAAUGAGACUUUACUCCCUGGUCUUUCUAACCUUGGCCUUGCCAGCUGGCUCCCCUCCCCUCACUCUUCCCCCCCUCAGCCCACCCCUUGCUCUGGCCCCCCUCCCCUCGCUCUUCCCCCCUCAGCAUACCCCUCGCUCCAGCCCUCCUCCCCUCCUUCCGGCCCCCUCCCCUUGCUCCAACCCCCCCUCAGCACACCCCUCUCUCAGAGGCGUCUCAGCUGGCUAAGGCUGUGGCCAGCGGCCGGUGGUGUUCCACCUUCUGGUUGGCACCAACAGGUGCCCCUGUGAAUGACCGGCGCCAGCAGCCCCUGCCAGCUGGGAGGAGGGAAGAAGUUCGGACAGCCCUGCCUUCUCUUUGUGCCAGGGGCCGGUCUCCCCCAGAAGCCCAGUGACUCUUUUGCACAUUCCUCUCCCCUCUCGGCCCACAUAUAAUUGACCGGGCUUUGUUACUUUGGACAUAAGUUAACUUCUCCCCCACUGAUCCUGUCUGAAGUCCACAGAGCCCAGGGCCCCAGGGGUCAAGGGGACGAGGCUUGAUUUGUUUUCGCCAAAAGGUACCAAAAUUUGAAGCCAAAGCACAGUUUCUGUUUGUGGUGUUUGCCCCUUUUCUUAAUUACCAACAAGGUAUGAAUGAUCUGGGGCUUGUUCCCAGGGAGUGACAAUAGCUCAGCCUGGGCCCGAGCUCUGCCACCUUCCCCCACUCUGACCUAUGGUACCAAAACAAGGGCACUUGGCCUGUCUCGAGAGCCUCGCGCCCUGCCUGUCCUUGGGCUAGGGGAUGGGGGCUGACCCAUCCCUGGGCCUCCAGCCUCCCUGGCUGGAGGCCACACGGGCGGUACACUUCUCCUUUGGAACUGGGCGGGCGUGGUGGCGGCUGACCUCUGGCUGGCCUCCAUCUCCAAGGCCUGGCCAGAUGUGGGAAUCUUCCUUCCCCUAAGUGGUGGUCGUCUCUGGCUUUCGGCAAAGCUGUACUGAAUCCAAUGGGUUUUUUCCAUGUACAGUAGAUUUUCAUAAUGUAAUAAACUUUUAAUAUAAAGUAG